AUGGCCGCUUCUAUCUUGGCAGGGUUGCUCCUGUUCACCGCGUCUGCUUCAGCGGAAUGCACAAGAGACUUCCUCAUAGGAGCUACUGAUAAAUACGUGGCAGCUCAAGCCAAUGGAGCUGCCGCUGAUGUAGUUGCUCUUGCAACACCUAAUGUCACCUACACUGAAAACGAAGUACCCACAGAUAUUACCAAGGGUAUCUUGACGGAGUCCAUCAAGAUUGAUCACAACCGCAGUAUCCACGACACCGUCAAUUGCGCAACUUUCACCGAGCUAAUCGCUGCGACCAAUCCACACCAAUAUGUGAUCGGCACGCGUAUACUCUUCGACAGCAACAACAAGAUCUCAUUGAUUGAAUCGAUCGUGACGGACAAAGGCGACUGGGCUUUCAAUGCGACGGGAUACUUAUACUGGGACUCACUCGAGAACUGGGACCCCAUUCCCGAAGAUAAGCGAGAUAGCCGAGAAGUCAUCCAAGCAGCUGGAAAUGCUUACUUCGAGCGCUUCAAGAACGAGAGUGUAGUUGUGCCCUUCGGUAUACCCUGCUCUCGACUCGAAGGAGGUGCUUCUACCGCGCCGUUGAACAUGACUGGAGAUUCUUGCACUCUCGCUGGUCUACCCUCAACACUUGUUGUUACCAAUCGUCGCUUCGUGGUAGAUGAGGUUAUGGGUGUGGUCGAUAUCUUCCUCGGUUUCCCUGGAUUGGAUCGAUCGCAGGGAAAUAAGACAAUGCCUGAUUCUCACGUAUUCAGGGUCGAGUCUGGGAAGAUUAAGUAUAUUCACACUGUCUCGUCUUGUGUCGAAGCGGGCUGUGGGAUGAAUGGAACGAUUCCUAUGUCAAGGAGGGUUAGACGUAUCCGAACUUUUGACCAGCCUAGGCCAGUUUGGCAUUGA